AUGGAUCGCGCUUGGCCACGGCUGCCGGAGGUUCGUCAACCCACCCUGGGGUUUCCCGCGCGAUGCGUUUCUCCCGAGAAGACUGUUGACACAUCAUCUACAGAUGGCUAUGUACGUGUAUGGUCUACCGAGGCUAUCCUGAACUCAAACGACCCCUCGUAUACGAAACCAAAGCAGCUCGCGGCUGUGAGCCAUCAUUCUGGUACCAUUCACGCGGUCCGCUUCUCUUCCAACGGCAAAUACCUGGCUUCUGGCGCAGACGACAAAAUAGUAUGCGUCUACACGCUCGACAAAAAUGCGGCGCCGGCGCGUCCAACAUUUGGAUCGAACGAACCCCCACCCGUCGAGAAUUGGCGCGUCACUCGCCGCCUCAUAGGACAUGAAAACGAUGUGCAGGAUCUUGGCUGGUCAUUCGACUCGUCAAUCUUGGUAUCGGUGGGGUUGGACUCGAAAGUCGUAGUCUGGUCUGGGCAUUCCUUCGAGAAGUUGAAGACACUAUCAAACCACCAGAGUCACGUCAAGGGCAUAACAUUUGACCCAGCCAACAAAUACUUCGCUACUGCUAGCGACGACCGCACCAUCAAGGUUUACCGAUUCAACUCUCCUCCGCCAAACGCCUCGCAGCAAGACCAGGUCAACAACUUUGUUUUGGACCAUACCAUCACCGCGCCCUUCCAGACCUCCCCACUUACCACAUACUUCCGCCGUUGCUCAUGGUCGCCCGAUGGCGCACACAUCGCCGCUGCGAAUGCUACAAACGGGCCAGUCAGCUCCGUCGCUAUCCUUGCGCGAGGUUCGUGGGACGGAGACAUCAGUCUGGUCGGCCAUGAAGGGCCCGUUGAAGUAACCUCGUUUUCUCCGCGAUUGUUUUACCGGGACCCACCGCGACCAGAAAAGGACGGAACUAUCAAUCAGCCAACCGUUACAAUUGUUGCUUGCGCCGGACAAGACAAAUGCUUGAGUGUGUGGAAUACAAGCUUUCCUAGACCGUUUAUGAUCUCGCAGGAGCUGGCAGGAAAGUCUAUUUCUGACUUGUCGUGGGCACCAAACGGGGAAACGCUAUACGCCACCAGUCUAGACGGUAGCAUAUUGACACUCGUGUUUGCGCCUGGAGAACUAGGCUAUCCAGCAACACUGGCAGAGAACGAAAAGACGCUUGCCAAGUUUGGCGCUGGCAGAAGAGUUGGCAUCAUCGAGGGUACAGACGCACUACUUUUGGAAGAGAGCAGUAAGAGUGGAGAGCUAAAGGGUGUUCAAGGCAGGAUGGGUGCACUCAUGGGCGACGCCGGAGGUGCAGUCCAACCGCCAACCAUCCCCAACGGAACCAACGGCGCCACUACUACUACUACAACAAGCCUCACAAAUGGAUCGAGCGCUGCUGCACCACCAGCGGCCCCUACUGAGCCAGCUCCAGAUGCUAGAGUCGAGAAGCUCAAGCAAAGGGUGACCAUCAAUAAGGAUGGCAAGAAGCGGAUAGCACCUAUGCUCAUGUCGUCUUCCUCUGGUGUCGGCGAAUCAUCCUUACCUCAAACGCAACUCCUCUCUGCAACAGCCACGUCAGGUGGUAGGAAUGAUAAUCCCCACAAUAUCUUAGAUCUGUCAAAGCCAUACGAUGGGUUUCCAAAAGGUGGACUCGCAACCAUGUUGAUAGGAAAUAAGAGGAAAUUCGCUGAAAUCGAAGGCGAUGAAGACAGACAAGUGGAGCGGAGAUUGGCUGGUUCAGUCAAACCUGGAGGGGCAGCAAUUGUACUUAACAGUGAGAAGGGUCUGGUUCCCCCGGCUGCUGCACCAUCGAAGACAAACGACCUGACAGAGCCUCCAUCGGUUCUAAGGCCCGCCAUCGUGAAUCCUCACAUGGCCCUCGCCCAGGUGCGAUUGGCUGUGCCAAAAGUCAGAAGUGUUAUCGUGCGAACCAUGGACGGCAGUGAGCCACCGCAGAGUGGUGUUGAUGCCAACACAGGAAAGGCAGAAAUACCAGACACUGUCAUCCUAGAAGCUCGCAACGCCAGCGGGCCAUCACGGACAGGCCGUCCACAAGACCACGAUCCAACAAGACUAACCUGUACCAGCAAGGGGCAGUCACUCUGGCAAGAUUUCCUGCCAAAGGCCGUACUCCUAGUCACAGGCAACACGAAUCUCUUUGCAGCGGCAUGCGAGGACGGCUCAGUAUACGCGUGGACUCCCGCCGGUCGCCGAACCCUCAACGCCAUGGUCCUAGAAGCACAACCCGUAAUCAUGGACUGCCGUGGCUGGUGGUUAAUGUGCAUAACAGCAGUCGGCAUGGUCUACAUCUGGAACCUAAAAACAAUGUCCGCACCGCAUCCACCCAUCUCCCUAGCUCCCAUCCUCGACGUUGCAGCCUAUGCCCAGGGCCCCCACCUCACGCGCUCUCCUGGCAUCGUCUUCGCGCGCCUAAACUCUGCAGGCCGCAUAACAGUAGCCAUGUCAAACGGCGAGGGCUACGCAUACAACCCCGACAUGUACAUCUGGCAGCGUCUCUCAGAACCCUGGUGGGGUGUUACAAGUCAAUACUGGAACUCUACUGAUUCCUCCGUCGGCAACAUCCGAUCUUCCAAAGACAAAAACGCAGCACAGAAAGAAAAGGACGAUCAGGUCUCUAUCGAGAACAUCUCAGCGGGAAUCAUACCUGCACUCGAACGCAACACGACGAACCAAUCCCUACUCCAAGGCCGCGCCUUCCACCUCCAGCGCCUCAUUAAGAUCCUGGUUUCUGCAGAGGGCUACGAAACGUUUGAGAGUUCGGCGUCUGUGGCGCAUCUCGAGAACCGCGUUGCAGCCGCACGCACCCUGGGUGCGAGGGAGGAGUUUAAGAUCUAUCUUACCAUGUACGUUAAGCGUCUCGGUGCUGAGGGCCUCAAAGGGAAGAUUGAAGAGUUGUUGCGCAGCCUCAUGGGCAGUCUUGUUUCUGAGGAUGAGGAGGGUAACAACGAUGAGGAAGAGGAUGAAGGCGCAAUGAAGGAGCCGGAAGAAAUCUGCGGGUGGAAGAGGGAGGAGUUGCUCAAGGAGGCGGUGUUGAUUCUUGGUAAACAUCGCGACCUCCAGCGUAUUACGGUGCCGUAUGCGCGUCUUCUUGGUAUCGUGACCGAGGGUCAGCGUGGCGACGAUCAGGCUAUGAUUACGGAUAUGUAA